AUGAAAGAAUAUGCAGCAAAUGAUUGUACUACUUUUAUCCGAUUAUAUUUUCAUAUGUUUCCAAGGAAAGUUAAGAUUAAUGAUAUUUUUGAUAUUUCGCCUACAAUAACAUCACAUGUUAAAUUAAGUCUUAAUGAUAAACCAUCGUAUAUUGGUGAAGAUAAAGAACAUCAAAUAUUAUUACCAAAAUUUGACAAACAAACUCAACUAUCGAUAAAACAAAAACAACCACAAAUAGAAACAAUAACAAAAUUAUCCAAAUCAGAAAAACAAUGCCGAAAAAAAUGUAAAAUUAAAAUGUAA